GAUAAUUACUGUUUGAGUAUUUUAAAAUGGAAAACACAGCCAUUCCUUCCUUUAUAACUCUGUAUUAUGGUCUAUUUGUAAUAAUUGUAAUAACAGUGCUUGGUGCAGAGCCUGGAAAGGGGUAGGAAAGCCAAUAGGGGAUCGUCCUCAUGUUUCCCACAAUUUUGGACACAAAGAAGAAAUUCUCUUCUCUCCUGAUAAGCAGAGAUAAGCUUAUACUUAUCUCUGGAUCCCUAAGUCAUCUUUUUAGCCCUGUAAAUUUGCUGGUGAGCAGUUACAAUAAAGCUUCCUGGCAGUUCUUUCUACCAGAGUGUUAAAGUAAUCCAGGUAUUUGAAUGCAUGAAAUGGAAUGACUUAAUCUCAUCUCCCAGUGGUUCAGAUGGAUGCAAAGGUCAUGGCUACAGCUACCUGGUCUAGGAGUGUGUACAUCAUGUAAACAUUCAGGUCAAGUGACAGAGCUCAGCUAAAAUCCAGAAGUCCACUGACACCAGAGUUAGUUUUCCAUGAAAGAAAUGCCUGUGAGAAACUGGACCAGGAUAAAGCAAAGAGUAAGGGGCAGGAAGAAAGCUUAUAAUUGCAUUACUGCAAUAUUCUGCAAAAUCAGACUUUUGCUUCUGUUCUACCUCUCUUUAAACCUGAAAAUGCCUCAAGUUUCUUACUGAGAGGCAUGAGUAAUCGCAUGAAUACUAAAUUCUUUGACGAUUUCUAGCAUGGUUUCAUCCAAGGUUAUGUGAUGAGGCUGCAAAAUAUAGGCUGUAUGUGUUUGGGUAUUUUAUGCAUGUAUGUAACUUUGUCACUUUGAUUUGCAAAAUGGAAAAUUCCCUGAAUGCCCACAGAAAAGUAUAAUGUAGCAUUUGGCAGGUCAACAAAAUGCCCUCCCUUAUUCUUUGUCUCCACCUCAUUCUCCAACACUUUAGUGCACUAAGUUGUAGUGACUGAAAUCAUUCUUGGUGAAUAAUGCUGGGCCACGCUGAAAAUUUGUGGCUGAGAGCUGGACCCUCGUCAUCGCCACGUACUUUGUCAAUGAGACAGGGUAACCCAUGGUUACUGAGCUCUGAUCAGCUAAGGGGCAGAGAGCCUCCGCUCCCCACUGCUCUAUAAAAGAGACCCAGCUAAGGGACCCUACCAGCUUCUAGCUCUCAGUCUGCGCGAGGGUGUGGGAAGGAAAGCCCAGGACCUCCGGAGCAGAGCACAGCAGCUGCAGAGGCAAGGCCAGCAUGUCGCCCAACUUCAAACUUCAGUGUCACUUCAUUCUCAUCUUCCUGACGGCUCUAAGAGGGGAAAGCCGGUACCUAGAGCUGCGGGAAGCGGCGGACUACGAUCCUUUCCUGCUCUUCAGCGCCAACCUGAAGCGGGAGCUGGCUGGGGAGCAGCCGUACCGCCGCGCUCUGCGGUGCCUGGACAUGCUGAGCCUCCAGGGCCAGUUCACCUUCACCGCCGACCGGCCGCAGCUGCACUGCGCCGCCUUCUUCAUCGGCGAGCCCGAGGAGUUCAUCACCAUCCACUACGACCAGGUCUCCAUCGACUGUCAGGGCGGCGACUUCCUGAAGGUAUUUGAUGGUUGGAUUCUCAAGGGGGAGAAGUUCCCCAGUUCCCAGGAUCAUCCUCUCCCCACAGCUGAGCGGUACAUAGAUUUCUGUGAGACUGGUCUUAGCAGGAGGAGCAUCAGAUCUUCCCAGAAUGUGGCCAUGAUCUUCUUCCGAGUCCGUGAACCAGGAAAUGGAUUCACAUUAACCAUAAAGACAGACCCCAACCUCUUUCCCUGCAAUGUCAUUUCUCAGACUCCAAAUGGAAAGUUUACCCUGGUCGUUCCACACCAGCAUCGAAACUGCAGCUUCUCCAUAAUUUAUCCUGUGGUGAUCAAAAUAUCUGAUCUCACCCUGGGACACGUAAAUGGUCUUCAGUUAAAGAAAUCCUCAGCAGGUUGUGAGGGAAUAGGAGACUUUGUGGAGCUGCUGGGAGGAACUGGAUUGGACCCUUCCAAGAUGAUACCUUUAGCUGAUCUCUGCUACCCCUUUCAUGGCCCGGCCCAAAUGAAAGUUGGCUGUGACAACACUGUGGUGCGCAUGGUCUCCAGUGGAAAACACAUAAAUCGUGUGACUUUUGAGUAUCGUCAGCUGGAACCAUACGAGCUGGAAAACCCAAAUGGAAACAGUAUCGGGCAAUUCUGUUUGUCUGAUCUUUGAAUAACCAACCCAAUGAUUUACAUGCUGAUAGCUAAGUGAGUUUUUAAUGGCCAUUGUGUAUGAUUUUGAUGCACAACUAGUUAAAAGCCUUUCAUACCAGUCUGUAUUCCCAGCCUUGAGCGCGUGCGCGUGCACACACACACACAUAUGCAUUAAUUUUUGUACUUUGCUUCUUUUAUGUUUGUAAUCUGUAAAUGAACACAUGGCAGAAAAUAAGCACCUGAUUAGUAGGAUCAUUGUUCUAAAUGGAAAUGUUUGUAAUUCUUUGAUGUGCUACGAACCUGAAACUGGUAAGACAAGCACAAAGCAACGUGCAAUAAAAAUAUUGUAUCUCAAGGGAAAAUACUCAAAAGAAAGAAAAGCGGCAGCACUUUUAUUAGUUUUAUAACAGGAAAAAGUCUUGUAUGUAGCAAAGUAGUUGCAUCUGUUUAUUUUCUAUUUAUUAUUCUGUUACAAUAGAUAAUAGUUAUAGCAGUUAUUUAUUGAUUUGUAGCAACUUGUUUUUAACAAAACUUUGUAGCAUGGAAAAAAUUUUCCAUCCACAAAUACAAACAUGAAUAAAUGUAUUCAGAAUGUUGGCACCUUGA